GCGAACCCAAGUUAAUAGUUCCUUCUUAAUGCCAGUGGUGGGAGUGAGACCUGUUCCAAACCUACCAGCAUCACCUCCGUACUCAAAUCAAAUGAACCAGACUUUGAGUACUUGCCCCUCAAGUCGUCUCCGGCCACCGCGUCAUUGCAUCCAGGACCAGCCACCUCCCUCCUCUUAUUAACCCAACGGCGACUCCCUCCUCUCCUCUGUCACUCGUGUUACGUCACUAGCUAGCGCAACGCCUUCUGCAGGGUUGUCAGGUUGUGUCCUCGAUCGAUCGCCUGUUUGGUGCGGGUUUAUUGCGGAUGGAUCGUCGUCGGCGGCGGCCGGAGCCGGCUGCCAUCGACAUCACGUGGGUGUCGUGCCGGGGCGUCAGGUCGUCGCUCCCGUUCCACAGGCCGUGCUUCUACGCGUCCGUCUGCCUCACGCCGUCGCCCGCUGGCAAGAGCGCUAGCUGCCGGCGCCUGCACCGCGUCAAGACCCCCACGGACCGCGCCGGCGGCGAGAACCCCGAGUGGGAUGAGCGCCUGCGCCUCUACGUCUCCUCUUCGCCGGCAUCGCCCCAGGAGCAACAACACAAGAAGGUCGUUGAUGAUCACCAAGGCGUGGGCGGCCUUGUGGUUCGGUUCGAGCUCAAGGCCGAGGUGGCCGUCCUGGGCGACGUGCUCGCGGCAUCGGCCGUGGUGCCGCUCUCCGACCUCGCGGCCGACGGCAGGACGCGCCGCGUGUCGUACCAGCUGUCGUCGGCCGACGGCGGCAGGCAGCGCAACGGCGUCAUCUCCUUCUCCUACGCCUUCUUCCACGACACUAGUACAAGCCGCGUCGACCAGGAGGAGUGCUUCAGCAGCAGCUGCUGCUGCGAAGGCGAGCCCGUCACGCCCCCUUCCCCGACCCCGAUACUACCGUCCUCGCCCGGGAUGUACCCGGUGAUAGACUGGCAACUGACGGAGCAGCUCGCUGUUUGCCCGACGCCGGCCGUGACGGCGCACUCGGUCAGUGUCGCGUGCUCGAGGUCGAUUUACUACUCUCCUCCUCCUCCACCGGUGGAUCACUCUCGGGCAGAGCCGGUUGCGGUCUACCCGCCCUUGUUACCAGAGGCGUCGGCCCGUGGCAUUUACCCGUCGAUGGUGGAGGAGCCCGCCAGCGGUUUGUACCCCGCCGUGGACCUUGCUCCGCUGAGCUGUUACCCGCCGACGAAUGCGGCGCCGUGCUACGGUGGGGAGUUCGGGUACCCUGCAGAGCCGGAAUGGGAUGGCCGGUGUUUGUACGGUUGAAUCUUGCGUUAUUCGUGCGUUUCGUUGUCCCGCCCGCCUGCACGCGGAGGAAGAGGCCGGCGGCUUGUACUGUCCGUGAGCUUCAGAUUGUUUUUUUGAGGGAAAAGUGAGCUUCAGAUGGUGCUAUCACUGUUGUGUAUAUACUGGUACAAAUUACUCCAAAAUAUAUGGAAAUUUGCUCUCAUGCCAGUCAUGUGGGAUCGUUCGUUUUA